AAGCUUCAGCUUGGAGAGCCCAACCGCCAAGAUGGAUCCCAGCAGCUGGAGCGGCAGCGAGAGCCCUGCCGAGGACCUGGAGAGGAUGAGCGACUCGGCAGACAAGCCGACAGACAAUGAUGCCGAGGGAGUGUGGAGCCCUGACAUUGAACAGAGCUUCCAGGAGGCACUGGCCAUCUAUCCUCCAUGUGGACGCAGGAAGAUCAUCCUCUCUGAUGAGGGAAAGAUGUACGGUCGAAAUGAGCUGAUAGCCAGAUACAUCAAGCUUCGGACAGGGAAGACGAGGACUCGGAAGCAGGUGUCUAGUCACAUACAGGUCUUAGCGAGAAAGAAAGUUCGAGAAAUCCACGCUGCCAUUAAGGUGUCUAGUCACAUUCAGGUUCUUGCCAGAAGGAAAUCUCGUGAGUUUCAUUCCAAGCUGAAGGUUACAUCCAUGGACCAAGCCGUGAAGGACAAAGCCCUCCAGAGCAUGGCCUCCAUGUCCUCGGCUCAGAUCGUCUCUGCCACGGCGAUUCACAACAAGCUCGGCCUGCCAGGCAUCCCGCGCCCAGCCUUUCCCGGAGCAGGGUUAUGGCAGGGUAUGAUAUCGACCGGCCAGCCGGGAUCGUCACAAGAUAUUAAGCCUUUCACCCAGCAAGCCUACUCCACGCAGCCAGCAGUCACAACAGCCAUUUCAAGUUACGAGUCCACGGCAGCUCCAGCUCCCACCGCACCAGCAUGGCAGGGCCGCUCCAUCGGCACAUCUAAACUCCGACAGGUGGAGUUCUCCGCUUUCCUAGAGCAGCAGAGAGACCCAGACUCAUACAACAAGCACCUAUUUGUACAUAUCGGCCAGACAAACCACUCCUACAGCGACGCCCUGCUGGAGUCGGUGGACAUCCGUCAGAUUUAUGAUAAAUUCCCUGAAAAGAAAGGCGGACUGAAGGACCUGUAUGCGAAAGGUCCACAGAACUCCUUCUUUCUUAUAAAAUUCUGGGCCGACUUGAACUGCAACAUUCAGGAUGAAACCGGCUCUUUCUAUGGCGUCUCAAGCCAGUACGAGAGCGCAGAGAACAUGACCAUCACAUGUUCUACGAAGGUCUGCUCCUUUGGCAAGCAGGUCGUCGAGAAAGUUGAGACUGAGUACGCACGGUUUGAGAACGGGCGCUUCGUCUACAGGAUAAGCCGGUCUCCCAUGUGUGAAUACAUGAUCAACUUCAUCCAUAAGCUAAAACAUCUACCAGAGAAAUACAUGAUGAACAGUGUGCUGGAGAACUUCACCAUCUUACUGGUGGUGACGAACAGGGACACCCAGGAGACGCUGCUCUGUAUGGCGUGUGUGUUUGAGGUUUCAAACAGCGAGCACGGCGCCCAGCAUCACAUCUACAGACUGGUGAAGGAAUGAGAAGCCCCUUCUUUUCACAGACUUACCAACCUCAAAAACAAGUGGCAGUGCCUCAACCUGAAAGUCACACCUAAAACGCUUUCUGGUCAUGGUAUCGGGUGAAGUCGUUCGCUAUGAAUUUUGUUUGAAUAUAAGUGUUUGUUAUUUGACUGCAGCUGUGAAUUGCGGUACAGUUGUUUUAUGUUUAAAUACGGGAUGUUUAAACUAUGUUGAGUUGGUCUCUGUUGGGCAUAAAUGUGGCCGUUCAUAAUGAAUUUACUUGAUUCAUUUGGUAAAUGGAAAUCUGUGCGUCGUCUUCUGCUUCGUCUUGUAGACUAAGAAAAAAACGGAAAAACCCUGGAUGCUGGCCUUUUCUACCAGCAGCCUCAUGUGGUCUGUGUAAGAUGUUUGCGUGUGUUUCGUACUUCGGUAGUUUAUGAUUUGUGAGCAUAUAUACUGUAGAUAUACAGACAUGCACCCACAGCCAAUAGAUUUUCCAAAGAAACAAAAGUAACACACUACAUUCACAGUCUCUGAAAGAACAGACGUAUAUUUAUCCCCACUGAAGCACUCCAAGUCAAACACUACGAGCAGAAUGAAUGCACUGUAAAGAAAAAAUACAAUACAAAUGUUUUGCCUGAGUCUAUUACAUAAAGGAAGUCAAUCUUUUCCACCUGUUAUUCAUCUGUUUGCUGCAAACAAGUCUUUCCUCUGCCACAACUGAGAAUUUCCUCUGCAAAAAUUCCUCCAAACAGACUCAACUUGUCCAAAAGCACUUUGUUCCCCUCCAUGGAUUCGCCUUACUGAUAUAUCUUUCUCUUUUAGAUCUGUGGUUUCUAUAAUCGUAACAGUGUAAGUCACUUGUAGACAGCAGACGUUGUUCAGAAUCUCCUCCCCCCUUCUGAGACUGCCGCGUAAUGACUCCUUCAUAUUCACAUGUUUCUGUGGCCUACACUGAUCCCGAGCCUUAAGCAUCUUCUAGCUGUGUGUGAACUCCAAAACAUGCCACAAAUACUGUGAUCUCUAUACGUGGGAAGACACUUUCUAAGUUUGCAUCGUGGAAGACAAUUCAUAUUACAAACAGCCAAAGUGUAAGUGUACAGUGCCUUAGAUUAUAUCCUGACAUCACCCUUUGCUCUGUUUCAAGUCGAAAAAAUGUAUUUUGUGGAUGAGACAGGAAAAUAGGCUCACCAGUACACUCCGAAAAAAAUCCAGUCUUUUGUUUAUUGUUGGUCUUUCCAGAGGCAGAAUACUUUUCAAUUGUGAGUCCGGUUGCGGAAAUUUAAGGUCCAAAUCUGUUGUGAUACAGGUUCUAUUUUUCUCUAAACUCUGUAAUAUGUGUCCUAAAAUCUCAGUCUUUUUCUGAGAGUGUACUUUAAACUGCCUUUCCUGUUGUAACAGACCAAAAAAAAAAACAGAGAUACUGUCAAUCUUCUGUCCUGUCCUGCAUGGUAGCAAGGAAGUGCCUUCGGUUUGAAAUUUACAGCUUCAAAAAGUCGAAACACAAACUUCAAAAAUUCUAAUGUUGCUAGACCAAAAAGGGAGACACAAGUGAGACCGAUCACCACAUUGCCUUUUGAUUGUAAUGUCAGCAGGGGAGAGCUGGAUACUGGUAAAGUAAAGGAUCUAUACAGUUUAUUUUCAAUUGAUUUCACACUCAUGAUGAUGUAUUUGAAGGAAACCUUUUUUCUUUGCUUGAGGUCAAAGACUGAGAGACCUGCUGAUACAGACAGCCGCUGACUGCACGCAGGAUGUCCGCUCUAGUUCACUGCAGCCCUCUGCUCCUCGCACACUUGCAGGUUCAAGUGUUUUGUUUAUUUUAUAAGGAAAUAAAAAGGUGUUUUGGAAACUUUAAAGAUUCCUCUUUCCCGCGAUCACAAUGUGAAAACCACAGAAAACAUCCGACCUUCUUAAUGUUACCUUUGACGACGCAGACACAGCUGGGAUGUCAACGCUGCAGGGACCAACGAGCCGUUAUUAUCAUAUAUAUAAUUAUAAUUAAUUAUUAUCAGUAAGUCUGUAGAACAAUUACCAGACAAUAAUUUGGAUCUGUUUCAACGCGGCAAAAUCUGAAUUUUUGGACGAGGCCGUCAAGGUUAAACUGCGUGUCGCCGUUAAGGACUAUAAAUACUCCGACUCUCACUGUUUCUUACAACUUCAUCAUCUGAUGUGUUUUAAUCGAGCUCUGGAUGAAUGCAGACGAUGUCUCUGGUGGAUGCAGAUAAAAUCAAUCAUUCAGUAUUUCUGCCACAGUCCCGUGGACACUGGAGUGUUAAACAGGCCUUUUCUUAUGUUUACCCUGUGUAUCUGUUCACAUUUAUUGAUUAUUACUUAGUGAGAUGUUCUUAUUGUACUUGUAUACAGUUGUACUUGGUUUUGUGAUGACAUUGUCUGUAUUUUGCAAGCCCAAUAAGAUGGUUAAUGAUGUUACUGCUGCACUGCUGGUACAUUUCCACAUGUCGUCCCAACACGUAGAAGAAACAGCAGGGCUGAGGCCUCCAGUGGCGUGAAUGUCAGGUGGACCAUCCCAAGAGGAAAUGGACACAAAAAAUGUCAAAUAAAAAAAUCUGCUAAGUUGAGGAAUCAUGCUACAUACAAAUCAGCAGUUUAGCUCUUGUGUUUUGUAAUUCUGUAGGUACUGGUACCUUUCUGUUUCAUGACCAUUCUCCGUCGGUGACUUUGAAGUGAUUCUUCACACGGCUCACAUAUAGUUGUCAUGCACACAUUUGGGUUUUGUGUGCAGACUUUUAUUCUUUGUAAAAAGGGGCUUUGUACAAAACAAUAUCUCAGCUUUUUCUUGGUACAGAUGCGUGAUAUCUUCUCAUAUCCAUGACAGUAAAGUGUUGGAGCAGGAGGAGAGAAAGAAGCUCUGCUAUGUUUCUGUGUUCUGCAUAUGGUCGUGUCUUUGCUCCGUAACAUUAUGAUGCCUUCUUGAUAAUAUAGUUAUUUUGUAGCUUUCUAGAUACUUUCUAUGUAUGCAAAUACUGAAGUUAAAUAAAUUUGAAACAUGU